AUGUCGUUCUCAUCAGUCAAGGCCCUCCUCUCCCAAUACUCGCCCGUUUCUGAGAGCUCUUUCUCGGAUUCAGAGAAAGAAGCACACCUCCCCUUAGGACAUAGCAAAGACUUAGAAAUUGCAUCCGGCGAUGACUUUGCUUCUUCCUCUUCUUCUUCGCCCUCAGCAGCUGGUGCUGCUGUCUGCAAUAGCCGCGCCGAGAAGAAGCCCUUUAUCGACGCACGUGUCAUCUCAGAUGCCAUUAUCGGCUUGUCGGAUGGCAUGACAGUGCCCUUUGCCCUGACUGCCGGUCUGUCGACGCUCGAUGAUACCAAGGUGGUUGUUUUUGGUGGUUUGGCCGAGUUGAUUGCCGGUGCUAUCUCGAUGGGAUUGGGUGGAUAUCUGGGUGCGAAGAGUGAAGAAGAAUCAUACCACGCAACACUCAAGAAAACCCGCGAACAAACCCUUACCGACUUUGACGCUACCACGACCAUCAUCGCCGACAUCUUCGAGCCCUACGAUCUUCCCGCCCAAAUCGUCUCUGACCUAACCAAGCACCUCAUCGACUCCCCCAAACUAUCCUCCUUCCUCAUGAACUUCCACCACACACUACCCGAACCCUCAGGCUCGCGCGCUGUCACGUGUGCCCUCACCAUUGCUCUGGGUUACUUCAUCGGCGGUUUUGUGCCGCUCGUGCCCUACUUCUUUGUUGGGCCGCAGGACGCUUUUAGUGCGCUGAAAUGGUCUAUUGCGACCAUGGCUGUCGCUCUUUUCCUCUUUGGGUACUGCAAGACCUGUUUUGUGUCGGGGUGGAAGGGCCGCGAGAAUGUGAAGGGUGGUGUUUACGGGGGUGUGCAGAUGGUGAUUGUCGGUGGUGUGGCGGCUGGUGCUGCUAUGGGGCUGGUGAAGCUGUUUCAGACGCUGGCUUCGCAAUGA